AUGUGCUUUGACGAUGAUUUAUUUUAUUUGAAUUCCAAUAAAUUUCGAAGACGAGAAAUUGCUGAAGGAUUUCGAGCUUUCCAACUUCCAGCGUAUGAAGAAAAUACUGCGAAGGAAAUUGGAUGUUGGAUUGAAAUUCUAUCAUUGAAACAAAUUGUGAGUUUUUAUUUGAGAUUACUAUUCUGGAAUAUAUUUUGGCUAGAGACAACGUUAAAUUGAAACAGUUUAGAGAAAUUUCAGGAAAGUUUAAGCUUUGAAAGAAAUUCUACAUAUUUUCGAAAACAAUGUGAUUACCAGGAACAUUUUUUUUAUUCCAGAUUCAAAUGCGGUUCAUGAAUACGAUGUUGAAGCGAAUUGAUCAGAACGUUAUCUAUCAUAGAAAUGAAAUUGUUUCACUUCGAAUUGCAAUCGCAAAUUCAGAAUCAGGGAUAUCAGGGGUGAGUAUAUUUCUACAUAUGAACACAAAGUUUUCAAAAUUUAAAUUAAGCACAUAAUUAUUUACAGACUGAUUACGAAUUUGUUUGUCGUACCUACAAAAUGUUUACCGAGCAUCUGCAUUUCCCAGGGACCGAACAAUUUCCGAAACUAAAUUCUCAUCAUGAUUUUGGCAAUAUUGGACAAAUUUUUGAAUUCAUGACUUCAGCAUAA